GUUGCGGUGAGGUGGCAAUUCUAGGGGGGAUUUACUGCGUGUUUCGCGCGAAAUUUUGUGAUUUUUAUAGAUGUAACGUCCACACCAAAAGCAUCGCCAUGUCAACUGGAAACAGCAAUAAUGUAUCACCAUCAGCUUCCCCUGGCAUUGGCUCCAGCAAUGCCCCUAAAUAUGGCACUUUGGUGCCAAACAGAGUAUUCGUCGGUGGGAUCUCGCCGCACACUACUGAAGCUGAACUACAUCAGCUGUUUUCAUCAUAUGGGAAUGUGAAAGCAACCAAAAUCAUUCAAGAUCGUGCAGGCGUCUCCAAGGGGUAUGGCUUUGUGACUUUUGAGACAGAAGACGAGGCGAGACGACUUCAGAAUGAGGGAGACAAUAUUAUAUUCAAGGACAGGAAGUUGAACAUUGCUCCAGCAAUCAAGAAACAACCGUUUUCGCGAAUGAUCGACCCGUCGACGGCGUCUCCGACGGGCACCGUGCUCUUCCACAACGGGAUGCCGUACACGUACCACAACGGGAUGGCGGUGUUCCCGGCUCAGGAGUACGGCGGCUACCCGGCCCAGCCGCAGUACCCCGUCAUGUACUCGCAGCCGGUCAUCAUGCCCCAGCAGAAUUUCCAGUACCAGCCGAACCAACCCCAAUGGCCCCAGUCCAACUCGCACUGGCGCUGGACCGCCCCAAUUGGAUAUGCCCCUCAGCCGACGUCCGGCCACCAGUACGUGUACGCGCACUCUGUGCCGCCGUCCCAGUCUGCCGGCCUGCAGCUGAUCACCAUCCCGCAGCAGCCGGUGGCGCCGGCCGCCGGAGAGUUUUACGUGUCGCAGCCGCCGCCCGUCUACCACCACCAGGAGGCGCAGGCGGCCGCCACUGCCGCCGCAGCAGCCGCCGCCGCUGCCGAGCACGACUACCAGCAGGAGGUGAAGGACGGCUCGAGUGACUGGUCCGAGACCGGCUUGGAGCGGCUGUCGGCGCUGUGCCUGGACGAGGCGGCCGCCGACGGUCUGCACGACCGCCCGCCGGACGCGGCCGACAGUGCCUGUGCCGAGGACAAUAGCUGCAGUGAGAGCGGCGACGGCUCUGCGCGCGCCACACCCGCCGGCCGGGAGCGCUCGCCGUCGCCGCUGCCGCUCACACCGCCCUCGUCAUCCGUGUCGCCGUGCGCCGACUCUGUGUCGUCCACCACCAAGAGCUCGAGUCCGCAGCCGCCGCUGGGCGAGAGCGGCUUCGCGUCGCACGUGAGCAGCUCGGGCACCGAGCAGGACAGCUGCGACGGCGAGCCCUCCCCGGCCAAGUCGCCCUCCAAGCCGCCCAAGUACACCAUCCUGGCGCCGCAGAUGAGCCGCAUGUACAUGACGCCGAACGCGGUGCCGCACUAUCACAUCUGGACGCCGUAUUACACUCUGCAGACGUCGGCCGGCGCGAUACAGGCGCCCGCCGGCGGCAAGGGCUGCCCGCGGCACGGCUACGGCGCGCCGCUGCCGCCGCCGUCCGUGCCGCCGCCGCCGCUGUCGCCGGCCGGCGCGCCGCCCCCGUGCUGGCUGCACUCUGCCCCGCCGCCGCCCCUCUCCGUCCACUCGUCCUUUCCCUGUCCCGUCCCGCCGCCCAGUAACGAACCCUUCUCUCCGUCCUCCGGCCAGAUGCAGCGCGCCCGCUACGCCAGCCCCAUCAAGCCGGCGCUGAGCCGCGGUGGCUACAUCUGCGGCCCGCGCGCCGCCGGCGUGCCCGGCCGCUGCGGCGCCGGCGGCCUCAAGCAGCCGGACUUGGGCGGCGCCGGCGACGCGCCGCCGCCUCGCUCGGAGCAGACGGGCGGUCCGAUGACGCCGCCGCCGACUCCGGGCCGCGCCGACCAGCCAGCCAAGGUGGAGUCGGCCGCCGCCCGCCUGCAGACCAUGACCCUGUGAGCGCGGCCCGCGGGCGGAGCCGGCGCGACGCUCCGGCCGGCGCUGUAAACUAGCUGCGGACGAAUCUCCUGCGCUGUGCAAUGAAACUGGACGGCGGGUGGCCUGGUAGCACAAGGCUCACUGGCGCUCUGUCUCUCUGACGCGUCUCUCUCCGCUACGUCCCUGCCGAACUGUUUCUGUAACAGUGCGCGCGGUUGUUGUGAAUACGGUAGAUUAGAUUUGCUCAGAGUGCUGAUUGUAAUUAAGUGCCAACCAUCCCAGGUGCCUUAGGAAGUGACCUUGUUAAUGAUAAUAGAGGCCCUUAUUUAUUGGUAAACUGGUGUAGGGUUAAGUAGUUGUAAGGAGCCUUCGGGCUGAUUGUUCUGGGUGGCAGUCGAGAGCCCUCGAACUCUGUAACCUGUUGAUCUGGCCGAAGCUGUGCUUUCCAUUGCUGUUUGUACCGCCCUUUGUGUGAUUCUUUUCUGCCUCGACUCGUCAUCCAAAACAGACUGAUUCGGAACUCUGUAACCGCUGCGGCCGGCCUGUCUUCCAUCGUGAAUGGCGUCCUGGUGUCGCCCUCAUCGUGGCCCGUUUGGUGGCCCGUUUUUAUAUACCUGCAGGCAGCCGUCCUCUUCCAUCACCCUCAAACGCUCGCCGGGCUUUGUAUCCACGUUUAAUCGAGAACUCCCAUUUUUUGUUUCGCGCCGGUAUGUAUGUGCGUGUGUGCUGAUCACUAGGUUAAGCAUUGAACCCCAGUGUAUUGUACAGUGAUUGAGCGCCCGCUGACUUACGUGUCGUGUUGCCGAUGCGCUCAUCUCACCAGCUCGCUUUCAUCAGUAUUCUACGCUCGCUCUCUAUCUCACAUCUCCCUUAUUGAUAUUGCUGUAUCGUCUCGGCACCAACCAAAUCAUCUGUGAUAACGCUGUUGGGGUUCCAAAUAUUUAUUAAGUAUUUAUUGUUAUGCCGCCUGUGCAAUAUGCAGCUGAAAGGAGUUGCCAGUAAUACGGUUGUUGGUGGCACUCAUGCACAGACAUGGCAUAUUUCAUAUAGAGUAUAGUUUUUUAUGCGGACGGUGCCGAGCAAAGCUCUUGCGUUAGGCGGUAUUCUGAAGGCUCUGAAUUUGCACUAUAAAACUAGGAUGCAGCUGCGGGCUGUAAUUUUAAGGUCGGGCUGUCUGUCGGUGUUGAGGCGCUGUGUAGGUUGUGAGAGGGGCCCGGACUGCCGGUCGGCUGGGAGGGGCGGCGCUCGCUCGCCACCGGUUGUGGUGUCAGGGAUCGGGGAGGGCCCGCGCUCGGCCCGCCGUCUGUACAUACGGGGCGGCGCAGGGGUUCGGGAAGGAGGGCUACUGCUACUGUUCAGGGCAGGCCAUGUGGCCGCGCUUUAUAAGUCGGCCGGCCGCCGGCGACCUACUGCCCCGCUGCGGCCGGCCGCGGGCCGCGUCCCAGCGCCCUCCCACUCUCCACAUGGGCUGCCCUGCCGUGUAAAUAAAUAGCCUGAUUUUAAAGUGCAAAUGUCAUUUUAGUGCAAAGUGUCACAUACUAUUGUGUGCUCAUUUUCGGUCAGUAUCCGCCUAGGGAUUGGCGACGCUAUCCGCUGCCGGCCUGACGCGCCCGCCGGUUGUAUCCGCUCGCGCUCGCUGUCUGUCCGACUGCUGGGCUCCGUCCCGGGCGGCCCUCGGCUGGCCCACUUCCCUGCAGUCGGAGGCGCUCUGCCCUGGGAGCCAGUAGCCAAUGUUUCGGGUGGGGGUGGUGUGCGCGAGGCGCGGGGUGGACGCCGCAGACCGCCCCGGCCCACUCGCCGCGCCGUGGGCUCUUCAAUGGUAAAUCCUUUGUCAGAGCCUGUAGUCUUUGGAAGAAAUAAAUCUGUGAAAUACA